UAUACACUUGAACGUCUUCAAAAACAUUCUAAUGUUUCUCAAGUAAUUGAAAAUGGCAUGGCUGUUAUCUGUAUUUGCAGAAAGCGAAUUACUCUUAAGUCAAAAUAUAAUAAAUCAUAUCUUGAUUCUCAUGUUAAUAGACCAGGAUGUAAUCGGUCUAAAGGAAUACGUGCUAUAACAGAGUUUUUUGUUCCAGCAGAAAAAACAGUAAUUCCAGAACAAAAGCAUAUAUUUUGUAAAGGAUUGCAUGAAGAUAUUCAUAUUAAUUAUAUUGAACGAGUUCAAUUUAUUUCAUUAUAUAGUGAUGCACUACGUAAAGAAACUAUCGCACGAUCUAUGUUUUCAGAUUUGUUUUCAGAAAAUACUUCAGUUCGAUAUGCAUUACUUAAUAAAGAUCAACGUGAACAAUUAAAUGAAGCUGAGAGAAUGCAGGCAAAAUGGAAAAUUGAAGAAAAAGCAAUAUAUGCACAGCUUUGUGAAACUUAUACUUCAAAUAUUUCUGAAGUUUGCAAUCAAUGUAUUUCUCUUAAUACAGAUCAAGUUUUUCAUAAUGCCUUAAAUAAGCGACCACCAGUUAGAGAGAAUAAAAAAUUUAUACCUAAGGCUCAUCUUAGUUCACAUUCACUUAGUAAUUAUCUUUCUAAUCCUGAUAUUGCUAUGCUUGUAUCACUUACGAAAUCUGAUGAAAGUCAACCUGUUUCAUUUUGGAAAACACUUGCUAAAAUAGGCGAAUGUAGUGCUUUUCAUAAAAAAAGAGCCUUUGAAGGCUUGUGUGAAGUUAUGGUUGAAAUAGCAAAACGGCAUGAAGCAGGAAAAGGUUUACAAAAUUUAACAUAUUUAGAAAAGUUUUCUGAUUUUAUAUCGAUUCUUGCAUCAUUAAGUCCACGAGCAUAUAACCUUUUUCGACAAAAUUUAGCUGGAAAAACAAUUCAAAAUAUUAGGUAUAAAAUUAUAAAAUUCAAAUACCAAACCUGUGUACAAAAUCAUGAUGAUAUUUAUACAAUUGUUGAUAAAAUUCAAACAAAAAAUGCAAUUGCUUCACAAGUCAGAGUAUAUUUAUUACAAAUUCCUAUAUCAAAAUUUCCACCAUCAGUAAUUGCAUUAAUUCCAAACUAUGGUAAAGAAAAUGCUGAAGAUAUUUUUAAUAUACAUCAAAAUUUGCUUCAAAUCGCUGCUCAAUUAAAACUUUCAAUUUUGGCAUUUGGUGCUGAUGAAAUUAGAGCUAUUAUUCAUCAAGUAUUUAAACAUUCUAAAAUACUAACUGAGGAUAUUUUAAAUAUGGCAACUAUUUCUUUUCAAUUCUAUAAUCCGUUAAUAUUUGAUGAUGAAAAUAAUAGCGAUGAAAUAUUAAAUAAUAUUAAUUCUAAUCAAGAAAGUUUAGAUAAUAUUAUUAAUAUUGAAAAUGUUUUUAUUUCAGUAGCUGCAACUGAAAUUAAUAAUGAUAACUGGGAAUUACCUGAUAGUUCUAAUUCUGACUACGAAGAAGGGCGAUUAAAUCUUUCAUUUAUUUCACAAUCAUUAUUAAAUUCAACAAUAUCGAUUAUAUCAGAUAUAUUAGAUAAUGAAUCAUUUAUUAAAAUAAAUGAUAUUAAUAACGAGAAAUAUGAAGCUUAUACAAGUCAGUCAAUAGAGCGUCGAAUUAGUAGAAAUCAAAGUCAAAUACCAGAAAAAUUAAAUUCAAAUUAUACUCAAAGUUUAGUAGCAUAUCUUUCAUCUAAUGAAACUUCACGUCCAG